CACGUAGAUACUGGGCUAAUUAGAUCCAUUAACGAUCCUGCUACUGAGGAUUUUCCGGGUAUGCUUGAGUUGAAUUUUGAAACCAGCAUACAACACCGAGAUCGAAUUUAAAUCUUUCUUGAGACCUGUACCGACAAGGCGCAGUGUUUCAUUUUCCCCUGCAAACCUACGUGGCAAAGGCUAAGCACAUCCAUGCAAGUCAUCUUGAAUCGAGUCUCGACACGUACGUAGUAACACGACAUAGAGGCAGUCUUCGUUUGCACUUUAUCUCAUGUCCUCCUUCGAUGCUCGAACCAACCUCCUUUGUGUACUCACAAGUUCGGCGACUUUGCAAAAAAGAAACCGAACCCAAAGCAAAAACAAUGGCACAAAUCAGCAGUGCGUCGUCACCCAGGCCACUCGCGACCGAUUCAAGCCAGCCCUUGAGAGACAAGAAAGUGAAGGACAUGGUCGUCAACGCGAGGCGGCUUGUGGAGGUCCCUUACACGGCGUCGUUCGCCCACACCAUGAACGCGCUAGUGGUGAACAGCGUGGUGGCACUGCCCGUGGCGGCACCACCUGGCCAGUGGAUCGGCGCGGGCGGGUCCAUGAUCAUGGAGUCUGACAAGCAGACAGGCACCAUCAGGAAGCAUUACAUAGGGAUGGUGACCAUGCUCGAUAUACUCGCCCACAUCGCCGGAGACGACCAGGUGAAUGGCGGCGGCAGUGGUGACGGGUCGUCGGAUCUCGAUCAGAAGAUGGCCGUUCCGGUGUCUAACAUCAUAGGACACUGUCUUGAGGGUCUCAGCCUCCGGACUCUAAACCCCAACACAAGCAUCCUAGAUUGUAUGGAAGUGUUCAGCAAAGGCAUACACCGAGCCCUGGUGCCACUAGACAGCCACAUGGAGAACAUUUCAGGGGUCGAGCUCGUGGAGUCAGCGUCGAGCUAUCGGAUGCUCACGCAGAUGGAUGUGCUCAGGUUCCUGAAGGAACACGAGUCCGUGACCGCGGCCAUCCUGUCGCAAUCCCUAGAGCAGCUAGGAGUGAUAAAUAGGAAUGUCUUCGCCAUAACCGACAGACGAGUCAUUGAAGCCAUCAAGUGCAUGAGGGCUGCUCUGCUCAAUGCUGUCCCAAUCGUGGCUUCGGGUGUUCUUGAGGAGGAAGAUCACAGCCAACUUGUGGAUGGAAGAGGCAGGAAGCUCAUAGGCACGUUCUCGGCAACAGACCUGAGGAGGUGCCACGUUUCCGCGCUGCAACCGUGGCUAUCAGUGACCGUGCUCAAGUUCACGGAGAAGAUAUCGAUGAGCCCUAUAUACUCGACUCCUAGCGAGGGGGUUCCUUCAAGGGAGCUCGUGACUUGCAGGGACGACACCCCGCUUGCCGAGGUGAUGGACAAGGCCGUGGAUAAACACGUGCAUAGGGUGUGGGUGGUGGAUCACCAGGGUUCACUGGCCGGGCUCGUGUCCGUCACGGACAUGAUCAGAGUCCUCAGGGCUUCACUACUGUCUGCUUAGCGCUUGGCCCCUGUCCAACAUUUGCGGGUUUUUUGCAAUGCUAGUGAAGAUUUUUCUGGCACACGGCUUCAGUGGCAAAUUUCAGGUUUUUUCGACUGAUUGGAAGCUUGAUGUUGACCAUUGGAAAGCUUCACAAGAAUCUCUCUAUCCUGUGCAGGUCAACCUGUCAACCUUAGAAGCAUGCUGUGUCUUUUGCAUUUUGACCUUCUAGGACUAUAAAGUCCAAAGCUAGCCAAGUCCAACCCUUUUGGAGGGUCGUAAUCCUGCAUGCGUUUCAUGAUUUGUCAAAGGAAAGAAACGGAAAACUUCUCGGUUUCGUUUAUGAUAGCAACAUGUAUCUGAAUUAGGUGGUACGACCGAUUGGAA